AGAGAGAGAGAGAAAGAGAGAGAGAGAGACGCAGUAAGAAGACAUGAGAGUCAGGGUUUCGUUGCGGGGCUGCUUCCAGUGUCCACAUUUGACUAUUUAUUGUUGACUAUCUAAAUGUCCAAAUCCCAAAUCGCCCAAGACGACAUUCACAUCUUUUUCGACCAAACCCUAUCGCAGUUGUCGUGUUCAAAUGGAGUCGAUCAACACCUUGAAAGGUUACGACAAAGUAUCCGACCAAGAAAACCAGAUUCCUUCUCCACUUCCCAAACCACCUUCCCGUAAAACCUUAAUCGCCAUUGUUUCCAUCAUAUCCCUCCUCUUGAUCCUCGCCUUAACUGCCGGAGCCUUCACUCGUCGUUCAUAUAACCCUCCCAUCUCUUCCAAGCCGCUCAAAGCAGUCCGUGCCGUGACUCGUUACCCAGAGACCUGCUUCAACGCCUUAUCUUCAUCCCUCGACGGAAAACUCAACCCUGAAUCAAUCCUCGAGCUCUCACUUCGAGUCACUUCUAAGAAGGUAUCCAACCUCUCUGUGUCUUUCCGAUCUAUCAACGAUAUGCUUGAGGAAACGGUGGUUGGUGGCUACGUGAAGCUGUACGCGGACGCGGUGAGUCAACUGAACGAGUCGAUAUCAGAGUUCAAGAGGGAAAAGAAGAAUGGAGGGAACUGGUUGACGAAGAGGGUCGUCGGAGAUGUUAAGACUUGGAUCAGCGCCGCCAUGACUGACGACGAGACUUGCUCUGAUGGGCUUGAGGAAAUGGGAACAGUUGUGGGUAACGAGAUCAAGAAAGAGAUGUUGACGGUGAAUCAGAUGAUGAGUAUUAGCUUGGCCAUUGUUAGUCAAAUUAAGAAACUUCUCAUUAUUUUUCACUGAUUCAAACAGAAACCCAAAUCAAAAGGUUCCAACUUUUAUUGUUUUUCUAUGUCAAUUUCUAAACCAUAAGUGUGUAAUUUGAUAAGAGAUGUAUCAAACUUGUCGUAUUCUA